GACUUUUUGCCCUAAUCCCUAAUGUACGUGUCUAUAUACUUUCUGUAUCUUUCAGUUUAUUGGGUUCGCGUCUGUUCGUGCUUGGGCGCGUCUGUCGCGAUCUUCGCGUUUUCUGAAUCAACCAAUCUCGUGUUUAUUCAUCGCUAACUUGUCAUGUUUCAGCAUGCGUGAAAUCGUCCACAUCCAGACCGGCCAGUGCGGUAACCAAAUUGGUGCUAAGUUCUGGGAGGUGGUUUCUGAUGAGCAUGGUAUUGAGCGGGACGGUCUCUACAAGGGAACCAAUGAUAUGCAACUUGAGCGUAUCUCGGUUUACUACAAUGAAAUCGGGUCAAACAAAUACGUUCCUCGUGCAGUCUUGGUUGAUCUUGAGCCAGGAACCAUGGACUCCGUCCGCUCGGGGCCUCUAGGUGGUCUUUUCCGACCCGACAACUUCAUCUUUGGACAGAGCGGUGCUGGUAAUAACUGGGCCAAAGGACACUACACGGAGGGUGCGGAGUUGGUUGACUCUGUUCUUGACGUCGUCCGUAAGGAAGCUGAGGGCACUGAUUGCCUACAGGGUUUCCAGAUCACCCACUCACUCGGUGGUGGAACUGGUGCUGGUAUGGGAACGCUCUUGAUGUCCAAGAUCAGAGAAGAGUACCCCGAUCGGAUGAUGUGCACGUACUCUGUCGUGCCAAGUCCUGCUGUCUCGGACACGGUUGUUGAGCCUUAUAAUGCAACGCUCUCUGUUCACCAACUUGUAGAGAACUCAGACGAGACCUUCUGCAUCGAUAACGAGGCCCUUUACGACAUCUGCUUUAGAACGCUCAAGCUCUCUACGCCUACUUAUGGUGACCUGAAUCACUUGGUUUCCUUUGUCAUGUCUGGUAUCACUACUUGCUUGCGUUUCCCUGGUCAACUCAACUCUGACCUGCGUAAACUUGCUGUGAACAUGGUUCCUUUCCCUCGUCUUCACUUCUUCAUGACCGGAUUCGCUCCAUUGACCGCUCGUGGCAGUCAGCAAUACCGCGCUGUCACCGUCCCUGAGCUUACUCAACAAAUGUUCGAUGCAAAGAACAUGAUGGCUGCGUCAGACCCAAGACAUGGUCGCUACCUCACCGUUGCCGCUGUGUUCCGCGGUAAGGUCUCGAUGAAGGAGGUCGAGGAACAGAUGCAAAACGUUCAGAACAAGAACUCGGCAUAUUUCGUGGAGUGGAUUCCUAACAAUGUGCUUUCUGCACAGUGUGACAUCCCUCCCCGCGGAGUUAAGAUGGCGGUUACCUUCUUGGGCAACUCGACAGCUAUCCAAGAACUGUUCAAGCGUGUCAGUGACCACUUUACUGCUAUGUUCAAGCGCAAGGCCUUCUUGCAUUGGUACACACAAGAGGGUAUGGACGAAAUGGAGUUCACCGAGGCCGAGUCGAACAUGCAGGACUUGAUCGCUGAAUACCAACAAUACCAAGACGCAACGGUCGAGGAAGAGGCCGAGUACGAGGAGGAGGUUCCAGCUGAUGAGGAAUCGUAG